UUUAAUACAGUACUACUUUACUACUGUCUUUGGAGUUUUCACUUUUAUUCUGCAAUCCCCCUCUUUCUGUCUCUCUCCUGAAGCGCAUUAGGAACUCUCCCUUGAAGCGGCUUCUGAUCUUUCUCUCCUCCAUUGAAGCAGCUUCUCAGGCUGUUCCAUACUUUGUACGUUUUGUGAGCUUGUGGUAGCAGCUAUUUGAAAAUGCCUGGCAUACCUCUUGUGGCUCGAGAAACAAUCAGCCAGUCUAGAAAUGGAGAUCAGUCGUGCCGUCAAGAUUCUCGGGUACAUUUAUCUGCUGAGGAGGAAAUUGCUGCUGAGGAGAGUUUAUCUGCAUACUGCAAACCUGUAGAGCUUUAUAACAUUCUUCAACGCCGUGCUAGAAGAAAUCCAUUAUUUCUUCAACGGUCCUUACAUUACAAAGUACAGACAAGGCACCACAGAAGGAUACAAAUGACAGUUUCUCUGUCAGGGGCAUUGGAUGAUGGAUUACAAAUGCGCAGUUUGUGUCCCAUGCAUAUCAUAUUGGCUAAGGCUCUAUCUGAUACAUCUGACGUGGAGCACUCUGCAGUUUAUCGCUACACUAAAGCUCGACUGCUCACAUCUCCAAGGACUGAAGGAGGCAAUGUAGCACGAGUCAAAUUCAUUCUACCUGAGAUGAAUAAGCUUGUGAGGGAAGCCAAAUCUGGAUCCCUUUUCAUCUUAUUUGUUAGCUAUGCUGGGGUGUAUACUUCAUAUGGAUUUGAUUCAUCUAAAGUGGAUAACAUAUCCCUUUCAACGAGUGUUGAGAAGUCCUGUUUAUGGGGGAAAAUAUCUAUGGAGUCGCUAUUCUUAUCUUGGGAAAAGUUUCCAAAUUUGAGCCGAGGGGAGAGAGUUGAAAUGUUGUCUACAAUUGACUUGCGUCCCUGUCUUUUGAAGUCUUUUGUCUUGGGCGAGGAGAAAUGUAUCUCAUUUCAGAUGCCUAAGAGUUCUACUUACAUGAGCUUGCAGCAUGCACAAGUCAACAUAUCUGCAGAAGAGCGAGGGGCAAAAGAAAAAUCACCCUAUUCUCCCUGUACAUCUAACAGCGUUCCCAAUUUAUCUUCUCAUGCUCUGGGGUUGAGGACCGGCAAUGUAGUUUUCAACUACAGGUACUACCACAACAAGUUGCAGAGGACUGAAGUUACGGAAGAUUUCUCCUGCCCUUUCUGCUUGGUUAAAUGUGCAAGUUUUCAGGGCCUGAAGUUACACUUGCUCUCAUGUCAUGAUCUAUUCAACUUUGAAUUUUGGGUGACACAGGAGUAUCAAGCUGUGAAUGUUUCAGUCAAAAUUGAUCCACUGAGAUUGGAGAUUGUUGCAGAUGGAGUUGAUCCUAAACAGCUUAUAUUUUUUCUUUGCUUUAAAAGGCAAAAUAGGAGAACAACCAAAUUGCUAGUUGACAAGACAAAGCAUGUACAACCGCUGACUUUAACAUCGGAUGUGGGUGUUGCUGCAAGUGAUCUUCUGAAUAAGGCUGAUGGAUUGCCUCAAGUUGCUGACUUGCUGGACCAAGCUUGGCAGUUAGGAACAAAAAAUGAACUGUUCUCAGCAACUAGUAAAAUUGAAAGAGCUCGGAGUUCAAGUGUCAAUGAUUCCCUAAAUGCUGUCCCAGAUCCAGAUUGCAUUCAGUCUGUAUCAGGAAGCAGUAUUGCUCCACCGGCGCUGCUCCAGUUUGCAAAGACGAGAAAGCUAUCGAUGGAACGAUCUGAUUUUAGAAGUCGUGCUGUAAUGGAGAAGAGACAGUUCUUUCACUCUCACAGAGCACAACCAAUGGCAUUGGAGCAGAUAUUUUCAGAGCAUGAUAGUGAAGAUGAAGUUGAUGAUGAUGUAGCUGAUCUAGAAGAUCGAAGGAUGCUGGAUGAUUUUGUGGAUGUCAGCAAAGAUGAGAAACAAAUCAUGCAUCUUUGGAACUCUUUUGCCAGGAAACAAAGGGUACUUGCCGACGGUCAUAUCCCUUGGGCUUGUGAGGCGUUUUCUCGUGCGCAUGGGAAUAAUCUUGUGCAAGCUCCUGCUCUAAUAUGGUGUUGGAGAUUAUUUAUGAUCAAAUUGUGGAACCUUGGACUUCUUGAUGCGCGCACCAUGAAUAACUGUAGCAUAAUCCUUGAGCAAUGCCAAAAGCAGGAGACAACUCCUGUGUUAAAAGCUCCACCGAGAUCGCCCUUCUAAAGUUUCUAGAUCAAAAUUUGGUAUCUUGGGUUCUUGCUUGGGCAAUUUGAAGUGGCAUUUUUGAGCCAGUGUACUCUUUUUGAAUUUUGUUGCCAACUUUUUCAUGGAUCUUAUAAACUGCCAAAGAUAUCACCAUUAUGUGCAUCAAUUUUGGCUUUCCGUGGUAACUGAAAAGGUUGAGAAUCACAACAGAGCAGAAAGAAAGUGCUCUAAUGCUCUUGCUCUUUUGGCCGGCUGACAAUAUAAUUCAUGACGCUGUUUUGAUAACGAUUAACUUGUAAAUUUGUUUUUCUAUCAGCCAUGUAAUUAUUGUUUCAAAUUUCUCUUUGUUAUAUGAAAUAUAUUGCAACAAUUUAUGACUACAUGGAUGUGUUAAGCUAGGAGGGGUAAAGCCAACAUACUCUGAAUUACUUCAUUCUUUACCAUUGCUACAAAUUAUUGACUA